AUGUCGUCCGACCAAAUCCUCGGCUACACCACAGGGCCCAUUCCGGCCACCGCGGCCUUUACCUCCGCCUUCGUCAUGCACGCCUCCGAGUACGGCGGUACGCUCCAGUCCAUGCUCGACGGGCUCGAGCUGGACCGGCGCGUCAUGAUGGACCAUGACCCGGCCAACAUGUACAUCAAAUACGUGCCCGCGCGCAUUUCCUCCUCGCCGUCCAGCAUCGACACGCACCUCCUCACCGGCGGCGCCUACCUCUUCACCACGCCGGCCGCCUGCGCCUCCUUCGCCUCCUGGACCACCCACACCUUCCGCGACCCCUCGACCGGCGUCAAGUUCUGGGACCGCCCCAUCUUCCACCACGUGCGCCGCUGGUCCUGGGACGUCGUGGGCGCCCACAACCUGACGCUGCCCGCCCGCCACGCUCUGAGCCGGGUGCAGCAUUUCUCCUACGACGGCGACGACAGCAGCCUCAUCGACGGCCCCACGGCCGUCCGCGACGCGCUCGACGCCGCCUUCCCGGCCCUCCUCAACGCGGCCCGCCAGCAGCGCGGCGCCGCCGCCUUCUGGCUGCUGCACUCCCCGGACGAGCGGCUGAUUGCGACGCACAUGGUUUCCGAGCGGCUGGAAGACGGAGAAGAAGACGUCGACGCGGCCGUGGCGCGGCUGGAGGCGAUGCCAUCGAUUGGCGCCGAGCUGCUGCUGCCGCUGCUUCCGGUCAAGUGUGAGAGCGCCUUCGACCGGACCAGCCCUUUCAUCCAGAACUGGCUGCCCGUGUCGCGCGCCGCCGGCGGAGUGCCGCAGCAUACGCCCAAUUUCCCGGCGCUGCCGCAAGUCACUGUCCAGUGA